AUGGUGCGCUGCGGGGCGGCCGCGCUGCUCGCCGCGCUCCUCGGCGUCUGCGUCUGGACCGACGAGACCGGGAAAGUUAUCUCGGACCGCUUCGCCGUCUACUGGAACCGGAGCAAUCCCAGGUUCCACCGCGGGGACUACACGGUGGAGGUGAGCAUCAACGACUACCUGGACAUCUACUGCCCUCACUACGAGGAGCCGCUGCCGGAGCGGAUGGAGAGGUACAUCCUCUACAUGGUCAACUACGAGGGCCACGCGUCCUGCGACCACCGGCAGCACGGCUUCAAGCGCUGGGAGUGCAACCGCCCCGACUCGCCCAACGGGCCCCUCAAGUUCUCCGAGAAGUUCCAGCUCUUCACCCCCUUCUCGCUGGGCUUCGAGUUCCGACCCGGCCACGAGUAUUACUACAUCUCCGCCUCCCCCCCGAACACGGUGGACAGGCCCUGCCUGAAGCUGAAGGUUUAUGUUCGGCCAACAAACGAUUCCCUCUACGAGUCCCCGGAGCCCAUUUUCACCAGCAACAACUCCUGCUGCAGCCUCAGGGUGCCGCCGGCGGCGCUGGCGGUGGUGCCGGUCGUCUGGACGCUGCUGGUCUCGUAGCACCGGCACGGGAGCGGCUCCGCGGAUCCCGCCCGUCCCCAAUGGUGCCCCGGGAGGGUCGUGUCGCCGCCUGAAGUCCCCGCCGUGGCACGGCCGUCCCGCCGGGAGCGGUGCUGGGCUGUCCCCGGGCAAUGGGUCCCGAAUUUCCAUCCCUGCCCCGCAGCUCCGGCUGUCCCGGUGGGGCGUUGCUUUUUACAUUUCUAGACCAAAUACAGAGUCCUCGUCCAUUUGGGGUUUUUUUCCCUUUGUUUUUUGUUUUUUUUUUUUUUUAAUUUUUGGUUCGUUUUGGUUUCGUUCGUUUUUUUAAAAAGAAAAAGUAUUUUUAUUCGUUGAGUUGUUCCCGUCGGGUCCCCCUGGUGCCAGACUGACCCGCACGGGCCGGGCUCGAGUCCCCGCUGAGCCUUCAUUGUCCCCACCGCGGGCAGAGCCACCGGGAGCGCCGGACACAGCCGUGGUGCCACCGGCUCCGUGGGCACGGGCUCCUUCCCAGCCCGGCCACAGGACGUCACGGAGCCGGACCUGCCACCCCCAGCCACCCCCUGCCCCGGGCACAGGGGGCCUGGAUGGACACAGCCCCCUCUGAGCAUCCCUCCACUCGUGCCAGGAUGUCACCGCGUCCCCGUGGGACACCGGGGUGGCUCCGUGAGCAGCAAACUGGAUGCAGGCAAGGAAGGCACUGGGGACACUGGGGAGCAUCACCGGGGAUGUGUGGGCAGCACGGCAGCACCGAGGAUGGCACUGGGAGAGCACCGGGCACACCCGGCAUGGGGAGCAGCAGGAACGGCCAGCACCGGGAGCACCGGGGACACCGGCACGGAGACCACCGGGGACGGCUGGCACUGAGGAUGACUGGCACUGGGAAGGGCUGGCAUUGAGGAUGGCCGACACUGGGAGCACCGGGAAGGGCUGGCAUUGAGGAUGACUGGCACUGGGAGCACUGGGAAUGGCUGGCACUGCAGAUGACCGGCACUAGGAGCACCGGGAAGGGCUGGCACUGAGGAUGGCUGGCACUGGGAAGGGCUGGCACUGAGGAUGGCUGGCAUGGGGAGCACCGGGAAGGGCUGGCAUUGCCAAUGGCUGGCACUGGGAGCACCGGGAAUGGGCGGCUGGCACGGGGAGCACCGGCGGGCGCUGGGAGCCGGCAGGCCGGGCUCACCCAGCCUUGGGCAUCGCUCCGAGGGCGUUUGGCUGGCGCCGGGGUGGGAGGAGUGUGUGCCGUGGAUUUUGCUCCUCCACCCUGCUCCGUGUGCCCCCGGUGCCUUGGGGGUACAGGAGCCCCCCAUGGGGGGGCCGGUGAACAGUGUGGGACCUUCCUGGUGCUCCCCCAUUGUCCCCCGACAUUGCAGGGCUGGGCUUGGGGAUUUUUCCCAUUUUCCUUUGCAUUAAUAAGUGAAACCCCCUCCUUCAAACCCCCAAUCCGAGGUUGGCCGUGACCCCAGGGGUGGCAGAUCCCCAGGGAGGGGUCACCCCACAGCCCUGACCCCUCCUCGCCUUAAAUCUGGGGCUGUCCCACCUUGGGGAGGUGCUGUGCUCAUCCCACAGGAGCCAGGGGUGGUCGGUGGUCCCGGAGGAUGCCAGAGAUGGGCUCAGACCUGGCUGGAGCCCCCCUAUUCCGAGUGGAUCCCGCAGUGGGGGCCGGGGGGGGCUCUGUCUCUGUACAUACAGCGCUAUACUGUGAGCGUUUUUUUUUUUUUAUGUAUUGUUGAGAAUGGAUUUUAUGGAAGGGUUUAUCUUAUUUUUAUUUUAUUUUUAUUUUUUAGACUAGGAAGCUGGAAUCUUGCAAUAAGCUCAUCCCGACCAUCCAAAAA